GUGCCGCCCGAAGAUGGCUGCCGGCCCGGUGAUGGCUGGCGUCCGCUACGGGUGGGAGGGGUUGUGUGCUUAGCGAGGGUGGGAAAGGUUGUUCUCCGCCCGGUCAUGGCUGAGCUGGAGGAGGGGAAGGAGGGAGCGGCAGUGACGAAGAGCACCAUGGAGGCGGCGGGGAGCAUCCCGCUGCCGCCCCUGCGCCUGCCCUGUCAGCCGGUAUCUUCCCAUGAACACAAAUUAAACUUUGGGAAGAGCAAGGAAAUGUGUUUAAACUUCAUUCAAGAUGCUAUGCUACAAAAGCAAUGGAACAGGGCUGCAGAGUUUCUGACCUUCUAUGCUGAGGCACUAGAGAAAGACUUUUCUAGAGACUACAUGGGUCCAUCAGAGAUAAUUUGGAGAAUAGGAACUGAAAUCCUGUGCCAUCAUUCCCACAGCGGCAUGAAAGAGUUCAACUCUUUCAUAGAACAGAUGAAAACUUUUGGAGUAAAAAGGUAUUUGAAGGUUUGUUUAGAACAUUCCUUUCAUCUCCUUUGUAAUGGGCUAGUAGAUGAAGCUUACCAAAACCUGUCCCUGGCAGAAAGCUGGAGGUUUGGAGAACACACAGCCAUUCGGGAUAAAGAAAUUAAACUGAUUCAGGCUUACAAGGGACUGUUGGACUACUACAGCUGGUCUAAGCAGAAGAACAUCCUGUUAGAGCAUGAUGAGGAUGAAUUUGAAGACUUAUCUGUGGAACAGGAAAUGCACAGUUACUUUCGGAAGGCAGCAGUGAACUUAAAGGAGAUCAUUAAAAUACCUGGAGUCUGGGAUAUCUUUGUGAAAUGCUAUGUGGACUUGUUGGAGUUCUAUGGAGACGAUGAAGAAGCCCGCCAAGUAUUAAGUGAAUAUGCCUACAACUCAAAGUUUCCUGCUAAUCCCAACGCUCAUGUUUACUUCUAUCAGUUCCUGAAGAGACAUGGUGAAUCGAAAAAAUCACUCAUAUCUGCACUCAAGAUAUUGCAUGAUCUUGUUCCUUCUCAUGAACUGAUGAUAGAUUUUAAUACCAUGCUUCAAAAAUCAAAGAAAAGAAAAAACCGCCGCCUGGGGCUACAAGUUAUUUUUGCGGUCUUGGAUUAUGCUGGCUGGAAGGAAAAUGUAAAAGCAUGGAGCUGUUUGGCAAGACAGGUGAAACAAAUUGUAAUCUCUGACAAGCACCCUGACUGGAUCGAGCAAGAGUGGGACUCCAGAAAGGAUUGGUGGCCAGCCUUCCAUUUUAGCCAUUACUUGGCAAAAAAGAAUUGGCAGGAAAAUAAAAGCCUUUCAUAUGAAAAAGCUCUGGUGGCUGGAAUCAUACUGGGAAAGGAUUGCAAGUACUUUAGAUAUGUAUCACACCAAGGCUGCAAAGCUCAGGCGAAAAAGUUUCGAAUACUGAAGAAAUUUGUGAAUAAGCACAUUCCCGUCCACCUGAGAAUAUCUGGUCUUUCAGAUUCCUCUGUACAACCUUGAUUAGAAGGCAUCCUUUAAGUUCUUGCUGCAUUUUUUUUCCUCUCUGUGAAACUGAUUUCUGUAUUGGUACUAUUCUAAAACUUCUAGGCAGACCCUAUUGACUCAGUAUUAAACUUUUUUAUAUAUUUAUGCAAAAAUGCUUUGUUUUCUAUGUAUUUUUUAAUAAAAUUAAUAUGAAUCAACUGAUCAGGUUGAAGAACUUUUCUAUUGUAUGAAAUACAGACAGAGUUGAUGUAAAAUGUAGCUUGAGAAAUAUUUAGUAUUAUGGUGUGGAAUUUCUGCAUCAAUAGUAUUUUACGGUUGGUCCUCAUGUUUAGACACGCAGAUGGUGACUUAAAUGACUGCUGGAACGUAGUUCAAAAUCCAUUUUGGACUAACAGUGGCAUUCAUAAUAGGCGGAGUGUCUUAACCUAGGAACAGUCCAAGAUCUAUUGAGAAAAUGCAUUCUCAGCCUGUAAAGGUUAUAAAGCUUGCUGCUUGUAACUUAUCAUUUCCUGAAAUAUGUGGGAAAAGGAGAGGCAUGGGUGUAGUUUACCACAGAAAGAACUGGUCUGUCUCAACAUCACUCCUAACCUGAAGAUCUCAUCACCCAGAUGACUGCACGUGGACUGCAGUACUGAACAGGACGGGUUUGCAGGGUCCACCGUGAUGAUGGAUACAGCUACCAGACAAAACUGCCAGGAGCUGGACACUAGAUGAACAAAACAACUGCCAGAAGCUGGACAUGCCCGAAUAGGUGUGCGUUUUUUGUGGGGAAAUAAGGGGCGGAGUUAGUGAAAUGAGCCUGUUAGCAAGGUAUGACCCCUAGCAUAUAAAGGGAUGAAGCAAUGGUGAGGACUUGGAGCGUGUGCUCUCA